UUUAAAAAGCAACAACAGUCCACAGCUUCAGCGUAUAAAAGAGCCAACUCCUCAUCUUUACUCCUCGCCAUUUCUUAGGGUUUUUUUAUUAUUAUUUUCUCGCAAGAAGGGAAAAGAUUUUGCUUCGAUCGACCCUCGAUUUCUAAAGAUUUUUGAAAAAUGGCCGAUGCUGAGGAUAUCCAACCUCUUGUCUGUGACAAUGGAACAGGAAUGGUCAAGGCUGGAUUUGCCGGUGAUGAUGCACCAAGAGCAGUAUUCCCCAGCAUUGUAGGUCGACCUCGCCAUACUGGUGUUAUGGUUGGGAUGGGCCAAAAGGACGCCUAUGUUGGUGAUGAAGCCCAAUCCAAAAGAGGUAUUCUCACAUUGAAGUAUCCAAUUGAGCAUGGAAUUGUUAGCAAUUGGGAUGACAUGGAGAAAAUCUGGCAUCACACUUUCUACAACGAGCUUCGUGUUGCCCCUGAGGAACACCCUGUGCUCUUGACUGAAGCCCCUCUGAACCCAAAGGCAAACAGAGAGAAAAUGACCCAGAUCAUGUUCGAAACUUUCAACGUGCCUGCAAUGUAUGUCGCCAUUCAGGCCGUACUUUCCCUAUAUGCUAGUGGCCGUACAACUGGUAUUGUGCUCGAUUCUGGUGAUGGUGUGAGCCACACUGUUCCAAUUUACGAAGGAUAUGCUCUUCCUCAUGCUAUUCUUCGUCUGGAUCUCGCUGGUCGUGAUCUCACUGAUGCCCUGAUGAAGAUCCUCACCGAGAGAGGUUACUCCUUCACCACAACUGCAGAGCGGGAAAUUGUGAGAGAUAUCAAGGAGAAGCUUGCUUAUGUUGCCCUAGAUUACGAGCAAGAGCUGGAGACUGCCAAGACCAGCUCAGCAGUGGAGAAGAGCUAUGAAUUGCCUGAUGGGCAAGUGAUCACCAUUGGGGCAGAGAGAUUCAGAUGCCCGGAGGUUCUCUUCCAGCCAUCAAUGAUUGGUAUGGAAUCAGCUGGGAUUCAUGAGACAACAUACAACUCCAUUAUGAAGUGUGAUGUGGAUAUCAGAAAAGAUUUGUACGGUAACAUUGUGCUCAGUGGAGGUUCUACUAUGUUCCCUGGGAUUGCUGAUCGGAUGAGCAAGGAAAUUACUGCACUCGCUCCUAGCAGCAUGAAGAUUAAGGUUGUGGCUCCUCCUGAAAGGAAGUACAGUGUUUGGAUUGGAGGUUCGAUCCUCGCCUCCCUCAGUACAUUCCAACAGAUGUGGAUCUCCAAGGGAGAGUAUGAUGAAUCUGGUCCCUCUAUUGUCCACAGGAAGUGCUUCUAAGUUUGUUAAGGUUACUUCGUUCCAGUCUGGUUAGUUUCGAGUCCUGUUGUAUAAUCUCGGUAUGUUUGAGAGUUGCGGUCUGUUGAGGAUUGGUUGAGAUUUGCUCAUGAGAUCCGUAUGUACCUCUCUUAAGAUGAUGAGGAGCUCUUUUUCUGGAGUCGGCUUGAGUCUGUCAUAGCACUUUUUUCCAGAAGUAUUGUUAUGUUUAACAUACUACUUCUGUAGUAUAUGCUUGCCUGAUCCUCCGCUGUUGUUUGUGGAAUUUGAGGGUUUCAAGCUGUAUUUCUUCCUCUGUUUAAUGUUGUGUUUUGAAUCUAAGGUUAGCUUUUAUAAUUAUGUAACUCAGCUUGUCCAAGUUGUCUUCUCUUUUCGAAGAAACAUCAAUGUUAAAAGGACAAAGUUUGGAAUUGUUC